GAGUGCGACAGGUGAUAAUCUGUUAAUGCCAUUAAGGUGUUAAACAACAUGUGAGAAACAUGAGAAGCCAGUCAGACAGUUCAGUGUGUGUCUGCUGUCGUCCUGAGGGUCCCUGCAGAUAGACAGAUAGGAGGUCAGGCAGACGGGUACAGCUGUCUUACAGUGUGAGGAGCAGCCAUCCUGCAGCUGAAGAGCUUUGGGUUUUAUCUGUGUGUGUCUAUAGCAGUUAGAGACAGACAAGUCUGUGCCUUAGGAUGGAGGAGCUGGUGAAGCAUUUGUCCAGGUGUCAAUUCAUGGGGUGGAUGAGUGUGAUUGAGUUGAAGAGCGCCUCCAUCCAUUGGCUGUCGUGUGGUCGAAAGGCGGAGCCUGAUGUAUGGACUAAAAUGUUCUGCAUCCUGUCAGAUUCUCAGUUAGUGAUGCUGAACAACCUAGAGGUUCAUCCUCUGCUUCUGACGGAGAGGGCGGAGACUUGCACUGUCUGGUUGCUAAGAUACACUCUGCAUGUGACCUCAGCACCUCCUCGCUCCACCCAUAAAGAUGUUCCAGGCAAAGGGGUCCGCCGACAGAGCAUGCCCAGUAGCUCCGCCAUGGACACGCCCACCGCCAGAGUGACGGGGUUUCUCUCUCGGAGGUUGAAACAGUCUCUUCGUCGUACUCGAUCUCAGCCUAAACUGUCUCGCCCCAGCAGCUUGAAGUCCGACCCGAUCAACAUGGCUGACGACAGGUGUGUGAUGCGACGGCUGCACUGUGGUAGCCAGGAGUCAUUGCUGAGUGCCGGCUGUGUGUCCUCUCUGGAACUCAGGAUGGACCAAUCAGUGAUCAUCAAACCAGUUCACUCCUCCCUGCUGGGACAGGACUACUGCUUCGAGGUGACGACUUCUACGGGAACAAAGUGCUUCUCGUGUCGCUCAGCAGCAGAACGAGAUAAAUGGAUGGAGAACCUGCGAAGAGCUGUCCAUCCCAACAAAGACAACAGCAGGAGGCUGGAGAAUGUUCUCACGGUGUGGGUGAUCGAGGCCAAAGACCUGCCCGCCAAGAAACGGUACUUCUGUGAGUUGUGUCUGGAUGACAGUCUUUAUGCUCGGACUUCAUGUAAACUGAAGACUGACAACAUUUUUUGGGGAGAGCGUUUUGACUUCAACAGUCUGCCAUCCGUCAGCGCCAUCACUCUUCAUCUCUACAAAGACACCGACAGGAAGAGGAAAAAGGACAAGAGCAGCUACAUCGGGUUGGUCAACAUCCCUGUUGCCACGGUGACUGGCAGACAGCUGGUGGAGAAGUGGUACACAGUGAGCACGCCCAGUACCAGCAGGGGUAAGUCGUCUGUGCCGACGGUACGAAUCAAAGCUCGUUAUCAGAGUAUCAUCAUCCUGCCCAUGGAGCAGUACAAAGAGUUUGCAGAAUACAUCAGCUCCAACUACCUGCUACUCUGCAACACGCUGGAAGCCUCCAUCAGCCUGAGAGCCAAAGAAGAGCUUGCUGCUGCACUUGUGCACAUAUUGCACAGCACCGGCAAGGCCAAGGAAUUUUUGACAGACCUAAUGAUGUCAGAGGUUGACCGUUGCCGUGACAACGACCAGCUAAUCUUCAGAGAGAACACACUGGCAACGAAGAGUAUAGAGGAAUAUCUGAAGCUGAUUGGUCAGAAGUACCUUCAGGACGCCCUUGGUGAGUUCAUUAAAGCUCUGUACGAGUCUGAUGAGAACUGUGAGGUUGACCCGUCUCGCUGUGCGACUUCUGACCUCUCAGAGCAUCAGGCCAACCUAAGGAUGUGCUGUGAACUUGCCUUUUGCAAGAUCCUUGACUCAUACAGGGUCUUCCCCCGGGAGCUGAAAGAGGUGUUUGCAUCAUGGCGACAGGAGUGUGGUAACCGGGGCCGACCAGACAUCAGCGAGCGUCUCAUCAGCGCCUCAUUGUUCCUGCGCUUCCUGUGUCCGGCCGUGAUGUCACCGUCACUGUUUGACCUGAUGCAGGAAUACCCAGAUGAACGCUCAGCGAGAACCUUAACCCUCAUCGCUAAAGUCAUCCAGACGCUUGCCAACUUCAGCAAGUUUGGGACUAAGGAAGAGUACAUGCUGUUUAUGAAUGAUUUUGUGGAGCGGCAGUGGAGCAGCAUGCAGCGUUUCCUGCAGGAGAUCUCAAACCCAGAUGGACUUAAUCACACUGCCGGCUUUGACGGAUACAUCGACCUUGGCCGAGAGCUGUCCAGCCUGCACACCCUGCUGACCGAGCUUGAUCAGUCCUGUCUGUCGAAGCUCGGUCCCCUUCCUCGGAUCCUCAGAGACGUGUCUGCAGCUCUGGCUAACCCAGGAGGCGUGGCUAAUCCAGGGGGUGUGAUAGUCUCAACUCCUGAGGCUCAGCGUGUGGUGUCCCCGCCCCCUCUGUCCCCGCCCCCUCUGUCCCCCCCCCUCUCCCCUCCUCUGGCGACUUGUAAUCCCUCCAUCGGCCUGCAGGGCAGCGUUGGACUGGAUGGAGGUUUGGUGGAUUUCACCAGACUUCCCUCUCCGACUCCAGAGAACAAAGAUUUAUUCUUCGUCACCAAAGGCUCUAGUCUGCAACCUGCAUCAGGUCUGCAGGGCUCCCCAGCUCUCAGCUCGUCCUAUUCAGAGCCCGCUGAAAAUGAGGCAGGGUUUGAAAUGACCAAUGGGGGCCGGAGGGACGGGCAAGAUCUGACCAAUGAGAGUCGUAGUCUCUCCCUGGUUGACCUGCAGGACUCCUCCCCUAGUGAUGGCCUUGAUGACACCCAAUGGCAACGCAGGACAGGGCUCCUCCCACUCUCCUUCCAGAACCCUGUGUAUCACAUGACCACCACAUCACCACGGCAACAGACAGAUGCAACACCUUCAGACUGCUCGGUGGGGUCACAGGGAAAUGCUGAUGAUAAAAACGCCACGGCAGCCAAACCAGCGUUUCUUACCCAGAUGUCAGUGGGGCUGGGAGGGGGGGAGAGGGGGGAGAGGAUGUCAGCCAUGUCAAGCAGCAGCAGUGGAGAGGAAUACUCGAGACGAGCGCUGUCUCUCACAGAGACUCUCCCAGGUAGUUCCGCUCCCCCUCGUCAGAACUCCUCAGGUCCUCAGAGACGCAUUGAUCAGCCUCCUCCCCCCUCAUCUGCUCCACCAGGACCUCCUCGAGGUCGCACACCUCCCAGCAUGCUCAGCGGUGGCGGAGCCUCUGCCUAUCCUCCUCGCCCUGCUUCGGGCAGCAUGAUGUCCUCAAGUCCUGAUUGGCCAAGCAGCGGCCAGUCGCGGAUCAGACAGACAUCGUCAUCAUCUAAAGGCGACAGCCCUGAGAAACAGCGAACUGCUGCUAAGGCUCCUUCUCCCUGUGCGUUGGAUCGUACUGCCGCCUGGCUGCUUAACAUGAACUCUGCCUCCACCUACGGUGACACAGAGGAUGAUCGCCAUGAUGAUGCUCUCAUAGAGAAAUACCAGCAGGAGAUUGCAUUGCUGCAGGAGAAGUUGCGAGUUGCAGCUUUGCGGCAGGACGAGUGUGAAGCUCGACUGUUGAUCCAGGAUCAGCAGAACCAACGUAUGCUGCAGGAGUAUCAGGCUCGCCUGGAGGACACAGAAAGCAGACUGAGGAGGCUACAGGAUGACAAAGACCUCCAGAUGAACAGCAUCAUCAGCAGGCUGAUGGCAGUAGAGGAGGAGUUAAAGAAGGAUCAUUCUGACAUGCAGGCGGUGGUCGAUUCCAAACAGAAGAUCAUAGAGGCACAGGAGAAAAGGAUUGCAAGUCUUGAUGCAGCUAACAGUCGCCUGAUGGCGGCGCUGACUCAGCUGAAGGAGCGCUACGCUGUGACAUCACAGAGGAACGGCCUGUCUCCUAGCAACACAUCAUCACUGCAGAUCACUGAAAAUGGAGAGUUCCGUAACUCUGGCAACUGCUGAGCUCUGAUUGGCUGCCCUGUCGAUCAGCUAUCACCUCCUACAGAGAUGGAUCUGACCCCUGACCUGUUGCUAGGUUACCCCUUACUAAGUUUCGUUUUGCAUGUUUCAUUUUUGAACAUCUUACAAAGUCUGACAUCAUAUCCUGUUUCCUUUUGGUGCUUCAUGUUUAGAGCCAGAAACUUCCAACCACCAAACUGCACAAAUUUAUUACAGCUGUAAACCACCUGGAUUAACCCUACCUGUAUAUUGAUCUAGUGUCAUCUGGACCAUCUCUGGCUAUGUAUGGCCUUGGUUCGACUGAUAUGCUGACUGUGGUUUGAUGAAACUGACUGUAGCGACUGUGGUUGUAUAUAGCUCUGGUCUGGCCACAUAUACUCCAUCUGUGUGCUGCUCUUGUUUGACUGAGCUAAUCCUGCCAUACGGUCCUAUUGUUGGAUCAACUUUACCUGCCCAUGGCUUUGGUGUGACUGAACCAAUGGGAACAACUCUGUCCGUACAUGGUUCUGGUCUGAAUGGACUAAUUGGACCAACCAUGUCUGCUCAUGGCUCUGGUGUUUAGCAGUUUGGGUUUAUAUGGAAAAAGUUCAACUUUAUUCAGAGAUGAUAUGUCAACCCCCUGAUGGACAUGAAUAUUAAUUUAUUCAGAAUUCUUUGUGUCUUAAAGGAACAGUCCAACAUUUUUGUCCCAGCUUCACGCUUGUGUCCAGUCCACAGAGAGGGUUAGCCUAGCUUAGCACAAAGACUGGAAGCAGGGUAGGGAAACUGUUGGCGUAGCUCUAAAGAGAACCAGCCUGUAUGUGAUUAGGUUGAGUGUUUGGCCACUCAGGGCUUCCGUAGUGUUGAACACUGAGUUGAUCUGGUUCAGAGAUUAAUGUGACGGAGUUAGACGUUAGUUUGUGAUGUUUCAGAGAAUUCUACUGAUUUUAAUGUAAACAUCAGAUUUUAUUGUAAAACAGUUCGAAUUUUAAAUUGUGAUGAAUAGUUUGUGAACACGCACACACACACACACACACACACACA